GUUCGAUACGUACGAAGAAGGUCAGGCAAAGAAUGCCUUCCUGAGGGCAUGACAGCAACAAUGAAACCCCCUCAAAACAUCAUGAUAUGAAGCUGCAUGUCUUGGUAUGGUGUUGGACAAAUGCAGGUUAUUGAUGGCAUUAUUAAUGCACCAGAGCGAUACAUCAAAGAGGUCCUGGAACCAAAGUUGAUCCCAUCAACAAGAGACUUAGCGGACAAAGGCACAGAAUUUACUUUUCAACAGGAUGAAGCUCCAUGCCAUACACCUUGUAAAUGCCUUAAAUGGUUCAAUGACAAGAAAAUUCCUCUGCUUCCCUGGCUUGGAAAUAGCCCUGACUUAAAUCCGAUCGAAAAUCUGUGGUCAAGAUUGAAACGCACGGUCUCGAGCAAGAAUCCAAGCAAAAAGCAAGGAUUCAUU